AUGGGCCCUACAUUAGGCCAGGCCUUUUCAACCUCGUGGACCAAAUUCACUCUAGCAGCAGUACCCCAGCUCAACCUCUCGGCCUUUUGCGGCCCAUUUCUACCGGUACCGAGCCACCGACGCACCCAACUACCCAACCGUCUGACUCCGAUCGCAGUCGAGGGCUCAACGCGAAAAAAAUGUUUCGAGGAAGCCGUGGCUCACCUGCCCCUCUUCCUUCUACCCCACACCCACCUUCCCACAAGGCCGGACUCGGAGCCCCGCAUCCGCGGCCAAGUACCCAUGACCACGAGGCUGACAGCGACGUCGCUGCUCUCCAGAACCCUCCUCCUCCGCCGCGUCACCUCGCCAAGCCCGACACCCCUCGGCCCCAUCGGCCUCGAACCAUCCUCAGGGAUCCCCAUUUCCCAGCCAACACGCGCCUCCUCGACCGCCUCGGGAGAUCGGGGCCAGGAACCACCACCGCCGCCCAUGGAUUCGCCAAUCAAGGUGGUUUCCCACCUGGGGGCCGGACGAGGAGGGGGAGAGGGAGAGGGAGGCGGCGCGGCGAUCGACGCGGGGAAGUCGGCGCGGAGGCCGCUGAGCCUGUGGCCCGGGAUGUACCACUCCCCGGUGACCAACGCGCUCUGGGAGGCGCGGUCCAGCAUCUUCGAGCGGAUGAUGGACGCGGGGAACGGCGGCGCCACCUCCUCCGCCGAGCAGCGGCCGCAGACGGAGCUGCUCGUCAAGACGCCCGCGCAGAGCCGGACCAGCAUCGUGUACAAGUUCGCCACCGACGACAUCCUCCGGGAGCAGUACCGGGACCCCUGGAACGAGGCGCGCAUCGGCAAGCUGCUCGAGGAUCUUGACGCCCUCGCCGGCACCAUCGCCGUCAAGCACUGUUCAGAUGAAGAUAGCACAACAAGACCCCUUUUGGUUGUGACUGCUUCUGUUGACAAAAUGGAGCUGAAAAAGCCAAUUCGUGUGGACACUGAUUUGAACAUAGCUGGAGCUGUUACUUAUGUUGGGCGCUCAUCAAUUGACAUACAGAUUGAAGUGACUCAGGUUGAUAAAGAUGGUGAUAAUCAGUCUGAUCCCAUUGCAUUGACCGCUAACUUCACCUUUGUUGCUCGUGAUUCCAAGACCGGAAAAUCUGCUCCAGUGAACCGCCUUUCACCUGAAACUGAAAGGGAGAAGCAACUAUUUGGAGAAAGAGAAGCACCAUUUGAGCUUGCCUUCUCAACCGCAUAUGCUUUUGUUGGGCAGAGACCUUGUUUCCUUGAAGUCGAUCAUGUUGACUUCUUGAAACCAGUGGAUGUAGGGGACUUCCUUCGAUUCAAAUCAUGUGUCUUGUAUACCCAGCUUGACAAUCCAGAGCAGCCCCUGGUCAACGUUGAAGUUGUCGCUCAUGUAACAAGACCUGAGCUCCGGAAAAGUGAGGUUUCCAACACGUUUCAUUUCACCUUCACGGUCUGUGGUGGCAUGUUGAAGAACGGGUUGAAGAUUCGCAAUGUUGUUCCCUCAACGGAAGAAGAGGCGCGGCGGAUAUUGGAGCGCAUGGAGGCAGAGGGUUUAUGUAACUAA